AUGGCAAAGCGUCAGAACGGCAAAGUCGACCUUGAGACGGCAUUGAAGCGUCGAAAGUUAGUUGCCGUCAAUCAGAAAGGGCUCUGGAGUAGCGCAGCCAUCAAGAAAGAAACCAUAGAAGGUAGUGUUGGCAUCAAGACGGAGCCCACGAAGGAAUGCCGUUCCAAGACAUCUCAGAAACCAAGCGUUGUCGAGCAAGAACCUAAAGAGCCUAUCAUCACGAACUCAACAAAGCGCGGCACCGCCACGACAUCGGCAUUGUCAGAAAGAAUGCUAGCCAAGACACUUUCGAAUGUCCAAAGCAACCAGAUCAAGAUUGCAGCGGCUGCCAUGACGAAGCUGCAUAAAACCUGCAAAAGUUGUCCUCUUACACGAAAGCAAGCCUUCAAAGCGGGAGCCCCAAGUCUCGUCUUGAAGGCAAUGUCCAAAUGGGGCAACACGGAGCUGAUUCAGAUAUACGCGUGUGCCACACUGCAACUGAUUGUGCUUGAUGAUUUGAACGGAGCUGCAGUGCCCUUUCACGGCAAGGACAUGCUCAAGGCCAUUUUGACGGCAAUGAAUUACUUCCCCGAAUCACAAAAGGUCCAACUGGUCUCAUUCACAGCAAUGUCAAGCUUGUUUUCCAAUACAUCAGAGUUUGAGGCACGGCACUACGCCGAGUACUUUGUCAAGGAAGUCAAUGGCAUUGCAGUGUGCUUGCAAACGAUGGAAAGCUAUCUCAAGGAUGCCAAGGUUCAGCAAGGGGCGUUGGAACUGCUCUACGCCAUGUUCCGAGUUUCAGGCUGCAGAAUCCCGAUUCGAGUGUCUGGCGCCAUCACCUCGGUUGCCAAAGCAAUUGACAGCCACCGCCAGAACGAGGAUAUUCAAGAGUGGGGAGGAGCCGUCAUGAAAUGUUUCUUCCCUUGA